CGGCCUAUAUAUUUAUGACUUUCAAAGAGUUGAGGGGAAAUUUAACAAAUCCUUUGUUCUUAAGUAUUUAUACUUCUAUUUAACAAUAUCGAAAUCCAGAGCGAUGAGGAAUAUAUGUGCCGGAUAUGCAGAGGACGCGUGCCUGAAUAGCUACAGAACGUGAGAGCAGCCAUGCAUUUUGCAGUUGAGCGACUCAAAAUUUAUCCAAUGGAGAACUUCUUUCAUUUUGCAGUACUUCUUCUAGCUACUUUUACUAAAUUUUCCAAAGCUGCUGAUCUGGCAACUUGUGCAAACAAAAUUGACUGCGACGUUGUUCGCCUGCAGCAGUACUUUUGCAUAGCGCGGUGCAUCAGUUUCGUGCGGGACGAGGCGCCCUCGGUUUUGACCAACAACGGCACCUGUCCCGCGGUAAAUUGGUGGUGGCGAGCGACAACCACCACCACUGCCGCACCAAUGACCACCACGACCGUAGCUUCCGGUCCUUGCAGUAGUCUGAAGGGUUUCGAGAAAUGCUGCAAAACAAAGCCGUACGAUGAUUUAUUUCCCGACGACGACUCUGACUGCGCCAGUGACGAAAAUUUUCCUCGCGAUGAAUUUCGUUCUCUCAGAAAAGAUCCCCAACUUUUUUCGUAUCUUACAGCAUCUGGAGAUUUGAAUCUGGCCAAUGUUCCUGACAGCUCAUACUACUUUUACGACUGCAUUUUUAAAGCACGCAAACUGAUUGAAGAAGGUGAAAUGGCAAACAAAAAAAUAACCAGCUAUUUGAAGAAAAAUGCCGACGACUCUGUUGCCGAUAUCAUCGAUGAACAAGUUGCUGAGUGUGUCAAGCUUACCAAAAAAAUUCCAAAAUAUGAUGAAAAAAUCAAAAUAUUUGCAAAUAGUAGCAGCACUGUAAGAGCAUACCAAUCACCUUAUGUCUUUAAUCUGUGCAUACGGAUGGCUGUUUUUUCUCAAUGCUCACUGUCUACUAAAAACGAAGAUUGUCGGGACAUCAGAGAAAACAUGAAGAAAUGCAAUAUUAAGUUACCAAAAACCUAAUUUUUUAUUGAUUUUCUUUUUCAAUCAUGAAAUGCAGAUUUAAGCAAAUAUUUAUAUCUUUCAUUUAAAUAAAUCAA